AUGUUCAAGCUUAUUUUGCCCCAAAGCCUUCUGGGCAGGUUCGAGUCUUGCCCAAACUUGCCUAAAGUCGCCUUCGAAAACCAAGAAGACAAAUUUUUUAAUAAAAGGUACGGUUAAUUUUACUUUUUAUUGAUUUAAAUAUCCACUCAAAGGACUUUUAUAACCAAAGGUAAGUAUUUUCUGACGUUUUCCGCGAUCGAUCGCUCGGUUGGAUAGUGUUAUUUUGAAUAAUGAUUAGGCAUCCGUUUCAAACGAGUAUGUCUAUUGUGUGCUGUCAGGAUUGAUCAACAUAUAUUGGACAAGCCAAAAUAAAAGAAAAGGUAUCGACAGUUUCAUUUCUCUGCAAAACAUCAAAGUUGCUUGAGGGUUAGUCACCGAUUAGUGUAUACUUUCACAGGAAGUAGAGCGGGCAUUAGCUUUCGUCGAAGCUCAAAUAGUCAAAGCAAAUAGAAUAUUAGAAUUGGACGCUCGCACGUGCGUGUAACACAAUCUCUAGUAACUCUGGAAUAUCCUUUAACGGCAUAUGAUUGGUUUAUCUUGAACACGAACGCUUACUAUUCCUGCAGUAAUUGGCUAACCUUCCGAAAGCUCAUAUACCGGUAUACACUACACAGCAUAUACAUUUAGAAAGGUUGUAUUAUAGUACUACAGAACAGCAUCACUCUCUAUCUGUCUUCAUUCUAUAUAAACUUCAUCACGUGCCUUCAAGAAAUCUUCAUGUAUUCAUAGUAAGUAAACUAUAAAUGUUCUUUGUCCAGACCUAAUUGUGGAAGCGGAAUAUCCGAAUAUAUUUGGAUAAUUUGGCGUUGUUUAUGUUACUGUGAAAUUCUACUGCUUUUCUACUGACCAAUUAGAAGGUGCACGGGUAAUGGCCUCGCCGUACAAAGCCCAAACAAACAGGACUCCUUUUAGGUUGCGAAAACUAAAGUAGCCUGGAAAGCUUAGUUUUUAUCUAAAUUACCCUAGAUCGUUCUCUUGGUGUCAAUAUCAAAGUAAUCGUGGUUUUAUAAUUUAGGUAAUCCGUAUGUGAGAACUAGCUGUGUUUACAAUUGCGCGUUUCGCGAAGGAAGCUCAUCAGCGGACGCCUUUAGGGUAAUCAGUAUUUUGCUAAAAGCAAAAAGUUCCAUAGCUGUGCGCUUUGUGACCGUGUCCUUAAUGAAAGUAAAGCAUUUUUGCUUUCGUUUUCCGCGUAAAACGGGAUGUCUGACCAGUGCGGUUCAUUAAUACUGUUGAUAUUUUAUUGAGGAAGAGUAUUUAUUUAUAGUUUAGACAGGAAAAUAGCGUAUAACGGUAUAAAAUUUAUUGAGCACGUGGGGUGUACAAAAACUGCUCCGGUUUAUUGCCUAAACUAUGAGCAUUGCUAAAACUUGUUCAAUCUUGCCCGAAAUCCGAGCCGUUUGUUUCCUUGGCGGACAAGUUACUGCAUGCCUUUGUAGAUAGUCUAACGUAGUUAGCAUUUUAAGUGACUUGAGUCCUACUUGACUGUUAAUUAUGUUAACCUACUAAAGGCUUUGUUAUUGGGCUAUAUCAACGGUAUAUUGGGGAUUUGGUACCCUGAAUACAACUCUGUGUUUAAGGUUUGCUUGUGUAAAGGAAUUCAAAAGCAAACACAUGGAAUUUUAUAAUGAGGGAAACAUGGUGAGAAUAUUAAUUGCGGCGAUGACUGACAUUCAGUCAUAUGGUAUAAGGAUCGGGUGUCAGUAGCUAAGAAUGCUUCUCAAUCAAGCGUAGCAUGGUUACAAUCCCUGUGAUUAAAUUCGGUCUAUUAACACAUUGUUCUAGGCAUAAAGUUUGUCUUGGGCUUAUUCAUAUAUUUUUAUGGAUACUUUUGGAAUACCUUAGAUAAUACCAUAUAAACUGUAAAACCAAUUAGAGUAAGAACUAUCAAGACUAGUUUUAUUAUUCAUACGCGGUCACAACUUUAUAUAUUGGUCCCUCUCAAAAACAAGACAAGAGGCCCUUUUUAAUAUACAGCAUGUCGUGAUAAUUUAUUCGUUUGUCAAGAGUUUAGUUAAUUUAUGCAUAAUUAUCUCAUAAUUACCAUUGCCUUGUGUUUGUGUGCAGUGAUAAAGUAUAAUUUAUUCAUGAUGGUUUGCAACAAUAGACAUUUAAAAUUACAAUUUAAUUAUGACUCAUUUCAAGAUUAUUAAAUAUUUUUGUUCUAACUCUCUUAUUAAGUUACAGUGUAUUCCAUUAUGCACUCUAUAUAAUACAUAAAUGACAGUUCACAGCUUAUAUCCUAGUGUAAUUCUCCUAGUGCAGUGUGGUACUCACUGGUGUGAAGGUUUAAAAUUUUAACCUUAUUUAUCCUUCCCUGUCACCAAUGGACCCUUGUUACCACUUUUGAGUAGUCACUUGUCCUAAAAAAUAAGAGCUGAUUAGAGACUUGAAUAUUUUAUAUACCUACUAAGAAAUUUAGUGUUUACCCUAUGCAACUUAUUGUCGAUUUCAAGUCACUUUUCAACGUGCGUUUCCCAAGUUUGUUGCGAACUUGCCAAUUACAUUUCCAAGUUCGGAAAUUGGGCACGAACUUCGCAACAAAAGUUUGCAAGUUGUAAACAAAUGUUCGUACUCGAUAAUAAUAACCAAUUCAAUGAAAUACAAACCUUCUUGGUAGCUAGCCCACUGGACCAAGAACUUAAUUCCAUUGAAUUGCUAAUUUCAACUUGAACGAAUUGACCAUUUGUUUUACAAUAGUUCAAACACUGAAAUGUACUUCCGAACUUUGUUGUGAAGUUCACGCCCAAUUUUUGAACUUGGAAACGUAAUUGGCAAGUUCGCAACAAACUUGGGAGCCGCACGUUGAAAUCGACAAUAAAAAUAACUAGUGGUUUGAGCUCGACAACUGGACUCUGUAGCUCAGUUGGUUAUAGAGCUGUACCGGAAUCGCAGUGCCGCAGGUCUAAUAUUGUAUAUAAAAUUUACACUCAGUAAUUUCCAUCUUCAAAACCCAUCAACUAUUAUUCAGUCCAGUGAGAUGCCAACAAAAUCUUGAUAUUUAGCCAACUUAAAAAAUAACUGGUUUGUUGAAUGUUUGCAGCACCUAGCCAGUUAUAAAUUGCUUGUAGGUUUUAGGGGGUUUUAACAAACCCCCUUAAACCAGUAAACAAUUACUACAACUACAAGAUUCCUUACACAGUAACAAGGUUACAUUUAACCUAUGGAGUGCCAGUGCUCCCUCCCCUUGACAAGUGAAUUGUCUGGCAUUGGAGACAUGCAGAUUUUUCUCUGGGAGGGAGCCAGAAAUUCUGGAGGAGGUGAGCAAGGGGGUAUGUACUGUAGCUCUGCCGAGAAAGCUGCAGCAGGGGUGUGGGAAAACAGUUGCUAGUGGGGAUAGGGUUGUGGGUAAGGAUGCAAAUUAAGCCCUAGGAAAUAUUUGGUCUAAUUUAGUUCAAAAACCUUACUUCAAUCAUUAACUACUGUUAUUUAAUCCAACAAGCAUAUAAUUUUUUUUUGGGGGUGUACAAAUCUCCCUAGAUGGCCUGGUUGGGGCAGAAUAUUUGUGGUGCACGCCCCUGAAAAUACGUCUAUGGUUAGGUAGAGUAAAAUCACACAGUAGGGUGGAUUACUGGCAUAAUAAACACACUUUGCCAGACAUUGAACUGCCUUUGUUUUGUUUUAGAUGUCUCAACCAUCAUCGCAAGAUUCGACCGAUACUCAGGAGAUAUAUUCCCAAGGUUCAUUUGAGGAAAUAUGGGAUUCAUUAGGACGGUCAUUUUCCAAUCCUGAGAAAAUGAUUCAAGGGUAAAUAUAAAGAUACUGUAUGGUUUCUUUAGAAUAUAGGUUGAAUUCAGUUCAAUAAUUUCUUGCUUACUACUGUAUUAUAAACAAUACACAAUACACAAUGUUCACUUUUCCCACCGGCAUUUGAUCGAGUAAUUAUCUAGCAACUGUAUGUCUUACCUCAGCAGUUAAUUUUCUUGCAUAAAGUCAUCCAAGUGUCUCUUCUUGUAGUGUUAUGACUGAUGUAAUACCGUUCACAGUUGAAUAUAAAGACCAGCUAGAUCCAGGUAAGAAACAAGUUAAGUACGAUUAUCAACAUAGAUAUUAUCUGACACUGCUUUCGAUAUAAUUACUCAUGCUUUAUUCCUUAGUUGUUCAAAAAAAUCAUACUUCUUAAAGCUCACAGUACAAAACAAGUUUGAACAGAACUUCAACCUAAUUCCAGUUCCGUUGACGUCUUUCCGUUGACGUCCACACUUUCUUUGUCCAAUGGUAACGUUAGGUGGCCACGAUUCGUAACGUGAUUGGUAUUUAUCGUUGGUGAACGCCUUCUGGUUAGUUUAUAGCUGUGGCUAGCUCUUUGAACGGUCUUUUUGCUGCCUGACUUGCUUGUUGUAAAGAUGUGGUUGUUCGAGUGGUCUGAUGAUCCGUUUUUAAACGGUAUGUUGUAGAUUUUCACCGCUCUACGUCGAAUUUUUUGUUGCCGCACAUCCGUUUUAGUAUACAAGUAUUCACAGUAUGUGCCACGUAUUUCCCGUGUAGUUUUCGGUAGAUAAUAGGCCUGCUGUGGUUUGAAAUUGUAUGGUUUGUAUGUUAAAUAUUGGUUUCAUAUGAUGCCAAUCUCAGCAUGGUAGCAGUAUUUUUCAAAAGAAUUUUCUUGUUAGUCGAGCAGCCCACACGUUCGUUUCUCACAGCCAUUUUGUGUGUUGCUGAGUGACACGUCAGCUUUACAAUUCCGAUCGGCAAUAAACGUUCCAAAGCGGUCGUAGAUGAUAGACCCCUGCUGUGAAGAUUUCAAUGCUUGUGUUCUCAGAGCACUCUCAGAAUUUUGCUUCGGGUAAGAAACUUGCUUUGAUUGUGAUUCUAGCUAAUUUUCUCGUGUGGUUGUAUGUCCGUGUGGCUUGUAUAUCCGCAUGGCAUGGCUUACACGUGCCAUUGUGGUUUGGAAUUCCGUAUAAUAUUGGCAUACAUCCGUAUAAUUUUCACACGUGUGUGUUUUUCUUUGUACUUACAAUUUUUAAUACAGCAUGGGAGCACGGCUAAACAUAAUAACAAUAUGCUUAUACAUAUAAGCUGAUUUAUCACAAAGAAAAAUGUUCAUAAAAUCUCGAACAAUCGCAAACUGAAUCGCUCUUCGUUUGGGUACACGUCAUCUUUGAAGUGGCGUGGUUCGAUGUAUUGUAAUGAAUUAGAAAAUAUCGCUUCACCUACAGUAUUGCCACUAUGGACUCGGUAUAGACUUUUUGUGGGGAGUUUGCAUGUCUCAAUGUUUCUCACAUAUCCAAUGGAUCUACAUUUUGGUAUUUGUGAGUAGAAGUUAUUUCAGUUUAUUUUGAUAAUUUAUUCACAAAAAUUUUCACAGCUGGGGAUCACGUUAUGUUCAAGGGCUUGGCUGGGUUUCCAUUCUUUGUAUCUUGACGUCUAGCAUUUGCCGUUAUUGUGAUUGGCCACUUUGUUUUCCUAUUUGCUAAUCUACAGCUGAAAUACAUGUUUUAUUUUCAAUUUAGUUGUAUAUACUUCUUGUAAGUUCCCGUUUAAACUGUUAGUUUCGAUAUUGCUCAGUGGUAAUAUACUGUUUGUUGAAUACAAUACUGAGCAAUUGUGAUCUUAUCAACAAUUACUAGCAGGUGGUCUAUAGAAAAUCAUAACAAUAUAUUGAACUUGAUUGGUUGAGCUAUAAUUGCUGCACAUUAUGGCUGAUGAAAUUCCUCUCGUAGUUUACGUCUUUUGGAGAUUUCACUUCUUGAGUAUUUAUGUGUAAUUGUACAUCCUGUGUGCUGACUAUUGACUGCCCUAGUUGUGUAUUUGUAUUUUCUGCUAAUACUUAAUAUAUUUAUAUAUUUUUAAAGAAAAUAAAAGCAUUUUGUAAGAUUUUGAUAAAUUUUGUUAACAACCCUGUUUGCUCUGUGAACAUAUUUUUCAUAAAGCAAGCGCAUGUUGUUAGGAGAGUUCCGAAUUGCGGAAACUGAUGCAUUUCUUGUCCUGACGUGUUCAAAUUUUUCCAUUAAUUUUUAUCCCAUGAUAUCCGGCAGAUUGAUCAAUAAUUUAUUCACUGUUUACAUUGUUUGAAGUGGCACUUGAAACAUUAUGGUUGACUGACAUUCAUGGUUGACUCUGGAUUCAGUCAAAACCUGUAUCAGAACAAAUUGUAUUGUAUUGGGUUGUUACAGAAAAUAUCCACAUUCCCCCCUACGAAGGAAAUUCCUGCUGUUUGGAGGGCAGGCUAGAAAAUAUAUUUCUCUCCUGGCAGCAAAAACCAAAAAUAAAAAUUUCCUGUGUUAAUCAAAUAUAUAUAAAACUUCCUGCAUAUGUAGAUUUCAGAUCUUGGCAAAAGGCAAUCUCGACUUGUAAAACACUUUUGGAAUUUUUUAACUUAUAUGGCAUACCAGUAUAUCAAAGAUGAAAAAAAUUUUGUGCAAGGCGUAAGAAAAUUUCCUGCGAAUAUAUUUGUUAAAGAUGUCUUGUCAGCGGUGCUUGCUGGACAUUUCCCAGCAAUGCUGAAGGUCCGUGAGGAGAAAAAUGUGCUUGUGUAUAAUUAGGACAUCCGAAGGCCGGUAGGGAGGUCACUUCCAAUUUCCGUUGUGGGGAGGUAUGGAUGUACUUCAUAGUAGGCUGCCAUAUUUUUGCUUAUAAUUAACUAUCUUGCAUAAAAUUUAAGUCAAAGAAGUUUAAUAGAACAAAUUUCUUGCAACAAAAGGUGGCCUAAUGGUGGUAACUUAAUUUGCUACCCCACCUCAAUAUUUGCCACUGGUUCCGGCUUUGUUCACAUUUUAUUAUCCAAAUAAUCGCUUUAUAAAAAUUUUUCAGCUUCCAGUUGUAAAAUAAAUGAUCAAGGUAGCAAUUGAUCCAGCUUUGCAAUAACAUACAGUAACUGUUUGUAUGACGUGCAUGUGCAGAAUAGCCUCAGUACCUGCACAUCUUUAAUGUUAUACAUUAUGUAUCUGUAUCUAUAUAUAAAAAUUUGAUAUUUUUGUACUUAUUUUUAAUCAUUAAUAUUUUAGAUAAUAUUGAAGUGAGUUAUGAAGAAAGAAGUUUGAAAGGUUCACAGGUAGGCCUGAUGUGUGUUUGAGAAUUUACAUCUUGGUCAGGAUUUAUGUUGACCAUUGAGUUGUUUGAUCAAUGUUUUACACAGUCAGUUGCAGCCGGAUGGUAUCAAGUCCUGCCCUAGUUUGCCCUUAAUUUACUCAAACUGAUUUCCACUAUUAAAUAGUUAAACUUUGGAUAAUGCAUAACAAUUAACCGAACAUUUAUUGCAUUCCAUUUACAUAGAUGGUAUUGCAUAGUAUACAACAAUAAAAAAUAAAUAAAAUAAAGACCCAAUUAUUUACAUAUAUAACUAUAACAAGACAAUUCGCAUAUGUUUUGAGUCCUUCCCUAAAUUCACACAAGCUAAUAUUUCUAGUGACGUAUUGAUAUCCGUAUCGCAUAUUGGUAUAUUGGCCCUAAAUUCAAAGUAUUGGUAAAUUUAAUGGUAUUUUUGUUGCCGAUAUUACCAAUAUUCGGUGUUGUAAUAUAUCUUUAUACUACAGUAGUGUAAGAUAUCAAGUUUGGGCGUUACAGUUGUAGCUUUUCAACCUCAGGGUCCCUAUGUUGGGAACUGUGUUUUUUGCCCUGUGUUAAAAAAAUCUGCUGUUAUUUGAAAUCUCCUGUUAUUCAAAGCUGUCCAUUGGUACUGUGUUUAAACAUUAUAAGCUGCUUAAGGAGCAAAUGUAUCUUUUUCUCUAGCCUGUUUCAGGAUCUCUUUCUCAACAGUUUUCUGACUGGCUAAAAACAUCACCAACGACCAAUGUAAGACAUCACUCAUGUAUAUACUGUAUUGUGUAUUAUGUAGCAUAUCUUAUAGUAAAUUUUAACAAACAGAUUGAUUUCUUUUACUGGCAUGAUGGUACCAUAGACCCUUUAUUUUAAAAGCACCCUCUCAACUAAGCCCCACUACUCCACUUUUUAGAGGAAUUAAUUUAUUGAUCUCUCACCUACUGCAUAAGCUAUCUUAAGCCUGGUUUACAAUAUCAAAGUUUCUGUGAUCACAGUAGGAAUUUUGCUUAGGUAAAUUCUAAGUUUUGAAGGAUUUGUAAGAAAUGUUUGAGGGAACUUCUACUCAGUGUUAAGCAGUGUCAGACUGCCAGUGAGUCGAUCAUUUCCCUCAAAAUAUUUCUUACAAAUCCAUCAAAACUUACUGGAUUUACCUAUAUACAUUGUUCCUCCACUGUGAUCACAGAAACUUUGAUAGUGUAAACCUUAUUUCGUUUGUACUAAAUUAAUAAGCCUCACUCUGUUAAUUUAGCCCCCCUCUGCUUCCCUCUCCAAAAAGCACCUCCACUCAAAAGUGAUUGAGGUAAAUAAACUUGGGCAGGGUGCGAGAAUUCGUGUACUGUACUUACAUACCGAAGGUACGCCAUUAUUAUGGUCUGGUACAUCUUUGGUUCUUUCGACUGCCACGUGGGUAUGCGGAAUUCACGUAAUCUGAGUUCACUUGCUGUACCAUUUCAUCACCAACAAUGUAUCGAAGCUGUAGUUAAAAACCUUACGUGUACAUCCAACAUCUCUUGCAAUGAAAUAGGAUUGGAUUGAUUGGUAUUAUGGCCCUAAGGAAGGUUGGAUUAAGUUGUAUGGUGUUUUUAGACAGCUGAUUCAAUGAUGGUCGUCGCAAAUAAUAGCCAAGUGUACAAUCCAAGCGCGAAGAGUAUAAUGGGAAUGAGAUUUCAUAGGGUCAAAUAUGUAUUUUAAAUCGCCUCUUGGGAUUAGCAAGUCGUGAAAAUUUAUCAUAUUAUUUGUAUGUUUACAAGUAACUUGACAUUUGCUUGUGUGUACGGCUAAAAGAGGCCAAGGAGUCAGCUAGUCACGCCAGAAAAAUCAUGAUUAUUAGAUUACAUUGAUAUCGAAGGAACUAGAUUCGGUUCCGAAAUAUCAAAUACUCGGAACGAUCCGAUCACGUAGCUCAGUUGGCAGAGCAUUGGGCUAGUAUUCCAAAGGUUUGAUUCCCACCGUGGCAGGUUUGUAAAGGUCUUGAGACAUUGUUUUGAGAGGGGAAACCCUAUCUAGGAAACUCUCUGAAGGCUCUGGAACCCAGGGUAGCUAGUUCGUUUCUCAUGAAUGAAUUUUAUACGAGGGCAUUCAUAUCUCACUGAGGUGAGUUUGGAGGACUGCUCUAUAUAGUACUAACAAAGUAGUAUGAUAAUUAUAAAGUACUAACAAAGGCUUUUCGUUUUUUACUAGGGCAUAACACCAGAAAAUGAGAAGCUACAUGAGACGCUACAUGAGAAGCUACAUGAACCUGCCCAGCUGCCACCAAUUCUGCCCAACACGCGCUAUCCAGGACCAUUCAAUUUUAGUAUUGAUUUUGAGCCGAAUACUGAGCCGAUCACGAAAGCCACGCCCUGGGUUUACGUCGCUGAGCGUGAAAAGUUGUUCGUGAAGAUGCAGUGUGUUUGUCCCAUACUUUUUAAGAUUAUAGGUUAGUCUAAAAAGAAAAUUUGCCUUGUUAAACCAUAGUCAAUAGGAUAAGAAGGUCAGGGAACUCGAUGCAGACGUAAUAGACAUCAUUAUUUGUGUUUUUGUCGUGGUUUAUGCAAGAAAUAAUGUGCCAUUCCACUUAAUAUAGCCCCCCCCCCCCCCUAUUGAGGGGUCUGGAUAUCCUAUGGGGGGAGGGGAUUUUUACCUAAAAUUUUCCUAGAGGGUAGCUUAAGAGAUUUUCCAAGAAACAGGAAAAAUUAGGUAUUUUAGUGAUAUUCAAGGGGGCAAGAACGAUAUCCUAAAAGGGGUAUCAAGAUAUCCAUGGGGUAACUUCCAAAAAUCGCAUCCAAGGGGGUUCUAAAAUUUUUAUAUCCUAGGGGGAUUAGGAAGGGACCCCUCAAUAGGGGGGGGGGGGUGCCUAUAUUAAAUGGAAUGGCCCAAUAGAUUUGUUCUUUAAAACGCAUUGAGAAGUCUCAAUGCUUUUUACAACAAGAAUAUAAAAAUUACAGUUAAUGGUCUGUUCAUGGUCACGCGUGUUUAUUGUAUUUUAGCUCGAGCAACCAAUUGCUAUGCUGCCACCGAUAUAUAGGUUAUACAGUAAGUUGAAAAGGAAGUGUUUAAUUUUAUUAGGAAAUCCCCCUCCUGGUAGUGGAGUCCGAGGAAUAUUAAUGUACAAGAGGCCUGAGCACUACAAGGAUAUCGUUUUACGCUGUCCCAAUCACAAGAACUCGUCUAAAGAUGGUAAAUGGUUUAUUUUAUCUCUUAGCUCUUUCAGUUCCACCGCGAAUGUUGUGGUAAUUAGUACUUAUAUAAAAUUUAGAAAGAUUUAACCUAUGGAUAUUUUCCUCCCCUAGCCCCCCUCCCCGUGUGACGUAGUGAACAGAAGUUGAUUACAAUUUUCGUGCUUUCAGAUCACCCGUAUCAGGAUCAUGUAAUGAAAUGUGGAAACGCGAGCACAAUUUACGAGUGCUGCCCGAAGACAGGGCGUUUAUCAUUGUUUUUACCACUCAGUGCUGUUGACCGAGUCGGUAAGUCAAAUUUUGAACUAGGACUCCACUAGACUUCUGCCCCUCAAAGGGGGUUUUUAUCUUGGAGUUUAAAAGGGCGCGCAAACAUUUGUCCUCUCCCAUUUGUUUCACUGCCUGCCCACCUUAAGCUUGGAGCCGUUUGCACUAAAUAUCAAGAGGCAUCGCUCUCGAUGCCGUUAUAUGGAAUUGAACCUGUGGCCUUGCACCAGCAGUUUAUUUUGUAAUACCUUGUCAUCAGUAUAUCUUUAAUACCCAAGAGCUUUUGUCAAAUACAAGACGUGAUCCCUACGUGAUCCCCAAGCCAGUUUCUGCAUUACACGAUCCCUAAAUUAUUUCCUUGCGUGUUUUUCUUUGUAGCUGGAGAAUGUUACUUCAAAGAGUUGUUUAAGUUCACUUGUUUUAACUCCUGUGUUGGUGGGAUGAACAGACGACCUACAUGUCUACUAUUCUCGCUAGAGUGCGGGUACGUAGCCUAGAAUAUCUAUAUCAUCCAUAUAUAUCUUAUAUACACUAGAUAGCGCAUCUCUUUUAUUAAAAUUGAAGCCAAGAAUAUUCCAGCGGUUACCCCCAUUUGAAUAGAUGGCGGCCAUAUUGGUCGUUCCCACUUGCUAAUAAACUCUUAAAAACAACAAUAACUUUCAUCAUUUGAAUAGUUUAAAACGUAUUUGGAAUAGGGUUAACUUAAUGUUUAAGUUCCCUGUUUAAGAAAUAGAAAACAUACGAAUCUUCUCAUUUCAUGGGAACGACCUGAGACUGCAAUCACGGCUUCAAUUUUUGAAUUGCAGAAUAAUUAAAUGCACUAUCUAGUGUAUAUAAGAUAUCUAUGAUAUCAUCCCGUUGUAUUUAAUGACGAUAUGUAUGUAUUUGACUGCAGCUAGUGUAAUGCUGACGGCCUAGUUACUUUGUUUAAUACUUGAAAUAUCAAUUCUGCUCUUUCUCCUUCAUUCCAAGCUACUUUAUUUAUUUUUUACUUUAUUUAUUUUUUAUUUAACAAACGAAGUUAUUUUUCCUCAACCUGGUCUAGUUGAUAACCUGGUUAUUUUUUGUAAAACUGAUUUAGUUAUUUGCCAUCUUGAAGUUAUCUUGUUAAAGAAUAAAAGUAGUGAGCUCAGUUGUGUUGCCAUCUAAUCAAUACAUUGGAUGACUUUAAGACUCCCUAGACCUCCCCCCCCCCCCUUUCCCACAGCCACCUACUCUAUGAAGACAGCCACCCACUCAGAAUAAUUCUGAAAGGCCUGCUAAGUGACGGGGUCCACCCUGUCAACAUUCUUUUGGAAGGAAGCAAGUGGUGUAGAACUAAACGAUAACAAGGGGGAGAGGGGGGCCAGUCUCUCAAAUGGGUGGGGUGUGACAAGACGUGGAGGGCGCAAUCAGAUAAACAUGAUAAACACGGAAAGUUUCAGUAUUUAUAUUAGGACUUAACUUGAAACAAGACGGCUGUAUUGAGAUUAAUUUCUAUCUUUCUAACAGUGAAAUGAUUUACGGUCGUGCUGUAAUGGAAGUACGGAUAUGUGCGUCGCCAGGAAGGGACAGCACUGAAAAAGAAAUUAGCAACAAUCAAAAGAAUUCGAAAAAUACAGACAAACGGAGUGAACCUAUCUCGACAACAGAUGUCCCCACCCCCAUGCCUCUUCCUACCACAAACUCCCCCGGAUCAUCACCUACGUAUCCCCCCCGGGCAAGUGUUUUGAUGUCCGCGAGUAAAGAUCCCUCCAGCGCUCCAGAACCUUUUCAGUUUCCAACUGUUCAGUCACAGCUGUCGAGAAAACGCCGUAAGUUCCUUGUGUUUCUUCAAUGUUUACAAACGUAA